AUGGGCAUUCUAUACCGCACUCUUUUGCGAAGCCAACUUCGUGGCGUUUUCGCACAACAUCGCACCUCUUUUCAUCCAGAGUGCAGAGAGUUGAAAUGCCCGCACCCAGGGCUGCGGACGCUGAGCUCCGCACACGCACACCGAACAGCGCUGGCGGACACCUAUGAAGAGCCGCGUAACUUGCGGGAUGCGAUCGACGCUUGUCUGGUAAAUGCGCGGAAGCGUUUUGACGAGACCGUAGACCUCUGCGUCCAGCUGAAUCUUGACGUGCGCAAACCUGAACACAACCUGCGCGGACUGGUUCGCUUGCCGGCCGGGGUGCCGAAAGUGCCCCGCGUCGCGGUCUUUACGACGCUUCCGUCCGAGGCCGAGGAGGCGCGUGCUCACGGUGCAGCGCUGGUCGGGGCAGCGGAACUGGUCAGCCAUAUUCAAACCAACGGGAUAACCUUUGAGCGCUGUUUGGCAACGCCAGAGGCACUGUCCUAUGUGGCGCGCGUCGCACGUCAGCUGGGUCCCCGUGGUCUGGUUCCCAGCGAAAAACUGGGCACUGUCGGCGUCGAAAUAGGAGACCUGGUCGAUAUGGCGCUAUCCUCAGUGCAGUUCCGAACAGACGCCUACGGGCAGGUCCACGUUCCUGUAGGUAAGGUAUCCUUUGGCCCGGAGCGCAUCCAGGACAAUGUCAUGGCCGUCGUGCAGCAUCUGCUACGCGUGAAGCCUGACACUGUUCGCCGCCGUUAUUUGCUAGGGGCAACCCUGAGUCGCACACAGGGUCCCGGGAUCGAAGUAGCUGUUGCAUCAAUGAUGGACCGCUGA